UCUCUACGUCAAAUCGACCAACGUCUUCUAUUUUCGGCAAUGGGCGCCUGCGGCGACCUUCUAUUCGGCAUACGCAUCUACUGGAAGGCGGCCUUCAGCGUAAUCUGGCCCAUAGUUCUCCUACCCGUUAUCAUAACCGACUACAGCGAGCACAAGAGGUGCCUCUACGUGAUCCUGCUGAUGGCCGGCUACUGGAUAACAGAAGCCAUCCACAUCGCUAUCACAUCACUCAUACCGAUUCUGCUGUUUCCCAUAUUCAACCUUAUGAACACCGACGACGUCUGCAAGAGCUACAUGAAGGACGCCAACAUGAUGUUCAUAACUGGACUGAUAUUGGCGAUAGCUGUGGAGUAUUCUCAUCUGCAUGAGAGGAUAGCGCUGGUAGCUAUCGAUGUUGUUGGGGUCAGUCCCAAGCUGCUGCAUCUAGGUAUUAUGUGGAUAACAGCCUUCAUCUCCCUAUGGAUUUCCAACACGGCAGCCACAGCCAUCAUGCUCCCGAUCAUAACCUCAAUCCUCUUGGAACUGGAAGGUCAAGGUAUAGGAACCAUCUACGUGCGAGAAGCUGAACCCUACGUAUCUCAAGUACAAAUGGAAGAUACUAGAAGGCCGACCAAGUCCACGAUGUGUUACUACAUCAGCGCCGCCUAUGCUGCUUCCAUAGGCGGGAUGGGCACUCUCAUAGGCACGGGUACCAACCUGACCUUCAAGGGGAUCGUCGAGGCCACUUUCAAAGACGGCGACGGGAUAGACUUUGGUUAUUUCAUGCUGAUAACCGUGCCCAUGGUUAUUGUGCUGAUGAUCUUCGCUACGCUCCUUCUUCAACUGUGGUUCCUAGGCUUGCUGAGACCGAACUCAAACGAUGCUCAGAGCAUAGCGAUAGGACCGGAGGGUGUAGCCAUUUCCAAACAGGUAAUCUCUGACCGCAGGACCCAACUAGGACCGAUGACCUUCCACGAGAUAGGCGUCCUGUCCUGCUUCAUCCUUGCCAUCGUCCUGUGGAUAACCAGAGAGCCCCAAGCGUUUCCGGGCUGGGCCCAACAGUUGACAGACCUCAAGGUCCAGGACAGUUCUGUCGGGGCUGCCAUUAUCCUACUGCUGUUCUGCAUACCGGCCAAACCGAACUUCUUCAACGUCUUCAGCGAGGACGAGGCGAAGAGGCCAAAAGAGCCUUCCACCGGGUUGAUCACCUGGAAGUUCAUCUAUCGAAAGAUGCCUUGGGGUCUGAUCUUCCUGAUUGGAAGCGGUUUCGCCAUAGCGGAUGCUGCCAAGUCGAGCAAGAUGAACGAUUAUAUCGUCCACAAUAUGGGUAACUUGGAUGGGUUUCCCCCCUACACCCUGAUGGUCCUAGGCUGCAUAGUGGCAGGUCUGCUCACCCAGCUCACCAGCAACGUAGCCAUCGCCAACAUAACCUUGCCGAUAAUGGCCGAGCUGUCUAGGAAGACCAAGAUCCACCCGUUAUACUUGAUGUACCCGGUGUGCCUAUCCUGUUCCUUCGCCUACAUCCUGCCUGUGGCAACGCCUCCCAACGCCAUCGCCGCUGCUGCUUGCAACAUGAGGACGGUGCAGAUGGCGCUGAUAGGAUCGCUGCUGCUGAUCGUGUCGUGGCUGGUUCUGUUUUGUACUACGCCCUUCUUGGCCGGUUUGGUGUGGGAUUUUAACAGUUUCCCGGAUUGGGCGAACAAGGCGGACAACGAAACUUUCGGAAGAUAAGAUAGUGGUUAGGAAUGGUGAUUUUGGAUGUUUUUGAAGGUGUAGAUGGUGAAUGGAAUUGGUGAUGGAUGAAUCGGUGGAUUUUGACUUUGGUGGACCUAUUUCUAUGCCAAGCUUGUAUAAAAUUUGUCGGCAUAGGUAUUUGUGUUUGUUUGUAAAUAAUUAAGUUUUGAAUUCGUUGAGAUUUUUAAGAAUAAAGCAAGACAACUAAG